GCUGCGGCCGGACCCGGCUGGCUGGCUGGCUGGCUGGCGGCUGGCUGGCUGGCUGGCAGGCGGGCGGGCGGAGCCGGGCCCGCGGGGCUGCGGGACGCUCGGGGCUAUCGGGCCGGGCUGCGGGCGGCGCCAUGGGCUCUCGUGUCCAGCCUGGGUUCCAGCCUUGCUGAGCCGUCCCCAUCAAGACCUUCCUGCAGAGGCCCCCCCCCACCCCGGCUCAAGUGCUAACCAUGUCCAUCAUGGACCACAGCCCCACCACCGGUGUGGUCACGGUCAUCGUCAUCCUCAUCGCCAUCGCUGCCCUAGGGGCCUUGAUCCUGGGCUGCUGGUGCUACCUGCGGCUGCAGCGCAUCAGCCAGUCAGAGGACGAGGAGAGCAUCGUGGGGGAUGGCGAGACCAAGGAGCCCUUCCUGCUGGUGCAGUACUCGGCCAAGGGACCGUGCGUGGAGAGGAAGGCCAAGCUGACCCCCAACGGCCCUGAAGUCCAUGGCUGAGCUGGGAUGCGGAGGCUCCUGGGCCUGUCUGCCGCCAGCCAAGAGGUGCAGUAGGAGCGAAACCACAGACGUGCUGCCAUCUGAGAGGAAGGGUUGACACUUGCUGGCAUGGCCUCGCCGGACUUCGUCAUCGCAUGCACCGACUCCUGGGGUCCUGGCGGUCCUGAGCCAGGGCUCAGGGGCACUGGGCAACCCCUCAGCCUCCUGGUAGGACUGCCCAUUGCAGGCAGUGGGCAGGCCUGACCUUGCUGGGGCUCAUGGCCCCACAGCGCUUUUGUUACUUGAAUGUUUAGCUGAGCCUGUUUUUGAUGGAGCUACUACUGUAACGCGUGAACUCACAAGCCUGUGAACUGUAAAUAGGCCCCAGAGCACG